CGUGGCUUGACCAACUCUCCAUCCGUGCACUCAUUGAUUGUCAUACUGCCUCUCUGCUUCUCUGUCGUCUCUGUGUCUGCCUCUGCCGCCCGUCGCCCUCAGUAUGGCCGAAGCUGCUGCUCAGUACAAAAAGACUGAUGGCAAGCUACGCAUAUCCCAGGACGGCCGCACCGUCGCCUGGACAGCGACUAGUGGCAACCCUGCGCUGGAGAUAGCCAUCGCAGACAUUGGGAACUUGCAGCAAACCCCGGCCACAGCAGCGAAAGCCUCCAUCAAAGUGGUUGUCAACAAGGCUCCCGGCCAGACAGAAGCCCACGCCUUUACCUUUACAUCGUCCGCCGCCCGUGAUGACCAGCAGACCGUAACUGGUGCCCUGCGCAGAUUUAUCGAGGCCUCAAAGGCUCAAUCCGUGCCCACCCCAGCUGCUGCCACCCCGGUUCCCGAUGCUGGCGCAAGCAACGCCUCCGCCGCCGUGGCCAUUGCUCGGACGGUUACAGGUACCCCGAAGCCCAAGGAGGAUGGCGACGGUGAAUACGAUGACGCGAAGCUCAUGGCAGAUAUAGAGUUGCAGCGCUCUUUGCUGAGCUCAAACCCGGCACUUCGGCAGCGCUUCGAUCAGGCCCUACGCGACAAGCCCGAGUCUGUGUCUAUUGUCCAGUUCUCCAACCAAUUCUGGACCACACGAGUACAUAUGUUACGUUCUCAUGUGGCAGAGAGAUCACAAGGAGCAGGCGCAUAUAACGUGCUUUCAGUCGUCAAGCCACAGCUCAUUGAUGGCAAGCACCAACUCCGCAUGAGCAAAGAGCAAAUACAUCUGGUCUUCAAACAGCAUCCACUCAUAAAAAGGGUCUAUACUGAAAAUGUUGGGCCGAGAAUGAAAGAAGCCGAGUUUUGGGCACGGUUUUUCGCGAGCCGGCUCCUCAAGAAAUUGAAGGGAGAAAGAAUCACGGAUAAUGAUCCCCUAGAUCCUAGGCUCGACACAUACUUGAACUUGAGUGAUGAUGCCGAUGCUGCCCCGCAGCUUUCCAUGGAGUCAGUCCCCCAUUUUCUCGAUGUUGAGGGAAACGAACAAAAUCACAGUCAGCGCCUGGGCAACAGGCCCGAUUUCACCAUGCGGCCAAACGCCCAUGACAAGGUACCUAUUCUUCGCUUAUUGAACAGCAUGAGUGAGAAGAUGAUGGCAGAAGUCCCGCCUUCUGAUAGCGUCGAUCGGCAUGCGCCAGUGGGCUUGGACGAGGAGACUUAUAAAGAGUUACAACUCCGAGAUCUGCAGAAUGCCGCCGAUGACAACCGGGUGGUACUGAACAUACAGGACCAGAGUCAGUUGUUCUCCGCCGGCCAAGGUCUGCACACGUCAAGCAGUGCGGCAGCCUACGCAAAACGUACCCCCGCGCAAGUUCUGGCCCAGAUGCAGGAAGAGAUCAAACGUAUACCAGCGGGCCAAGGGGAGAAUGGUGGAAUCAAGCUGCAAGCAGCAAUCGGGGUCGAAGAUGACAGUAGUAGCGACGAGGAAGUACCGGCGCAGAAAAAAUCGAGGGUUGGAAGCAAAUCCUCUCGAUCGGUAGCCAUUUCCCAGAUCACCAAUGCGAUUCACAAGCGCCAUAUACAUGGGGAUGACUACCUUGCAGCUCAAACCCUCAUCUCCGGCGAACAAGCCGCCAAGUUAGGCAUCUCGGAACAGCUCUUCGACAGCCUGGCCAUGACACACAACACCACAGUCGAGUUUCUACAUUAUUUCUGGGCCGUCUAUUAUUCGGGCGAUGCAGAUCGCGCCGGCGAAGUCGCGAACUUGAUCGAAACUUUGGACCAGUCGCUUGAUCGCAUCAAAGCAGUGGCAACCGACGCCGAGAACGAACGUACUGCGAAAGUCGAGAAAACGAAACAGGAAAUCGAGGCCAUUUUCCAGCGGUCCGGUAAGCGCAGGAAAUUUGAUCCAAAUAGCAUCAAGGGCGGAGCCAAAUAUAUCAACCUGAUAGUCUCCCCUCUAUAUCGUGCCAUUGAGGCCGCCCGCCACUCGUAUGCGACUACGCUAUCGGAGCAACUUGGCAAGCCCGCUGCAGUCGUUUAA